AUGGCUGUGGACAGGGUGGGCAAAUGCUCACCAUUGCUAUCAGCAUUGCAUUCAGAGAAUGUCACUCCCACAGUCCCACCAUAUUUGCAAGAAAGCAGCCCCAGCACGGAACUCCCACCUCCAUAUAUGGCUGUUGCUAAUCCAGAUGCCAGCGUUAUUCCAGUAAUAAAUUGCCGUACAUGCCAGUCUCUCAUCAAUUUGGAUGGCAAACUUCACCAGCCUGUGACUAAGUGCAUGGUCUGCAAUGAAGCCACUCCAAUCAAAAACCCACCAUCAGGGAAGAAAUAUGCUAGAUACCCUUGUAAUUGUCUCCUCAUUUGUAAGGACACAUCUCGACGAAUAGGAUGUCCACGACCCAACUGUAAAUACAUAAUCACCCUUGGCCCAAUAAUGCUUGCUUCUGAACAGUCAGCUCAACCUGCUCUGCCAACCCAACAAGAAGGUCCAAGGGUUGUGUGUGGACACUGUGGAAGCACAUUCCUGUGGAUGGAACUGAGGUUCAACACUCUGGCAAAAUGCCCACACUGCAAAGCAAUCUCCUCUGUGGGCAGUGCACUUCCACGAAGACCCUGCUGUGCGUACCUUAGCAUUGGAAUGAUAUGUAUUUUCACUGGAGUUGGGUUAACUGUUGGCACCCAACACUUGGCUAGGUGAUUUUGUGCCACCUAUGUUUCUUGGGCAACUGCUUAUCUUUAGGUCUGAUCUGUCUUAUCUGAGCUUGUUGCUGGGGAGUCAUAAGACUCAGCUAUCCAGAACACAGUUUUGCAUAAGCUUGCUUAAGAUUCGGU